UUAAUUGUUUAUGACUCUUCUUCAUUUUAACUUCUGUAUUAAUGGUCAACUACCCAUGUUCACAUGCUACAAUUUUUUUGUUCCCAUCUUCUUUCCUCUUUUCAGAUUUAUGAGAACAGACCAAAUCAUCAAGGUGUAGACUUUGGAUGAGAAACUAACCAAACAACCAGAUGUCUUUUUCCGACAAAACCAUUGUGGAUCCGCUUCUGAAAGAUUUGGACGAAAAGAAAGAGAGUUUCCGGAAGAACGUCGUCUCUUUGGCGUCUGAGCUGAAGCAAGUGAGGGGCCGUUUGGUUUCUCAAGAACAAUCUUUCCUUAAAGAAACCCAAACUAGAAAAGAAGCAGAGAAAAAAGCAAAGAACAUGGAAAUGGAGAUGUGUAAAUUGCAUAAGAGAUUAGAAGAAAGGAACUCUCAGCUUCAUGCUUCUGCAUCUGCUGCUGAAAAGUUUAUUAAAGACUUGGAGGAAUUUAGAUCACAGCUGGAUGCAACUAAUCAAACCGCAGGAGCAAGUGCUGACUCCGCUGAAUCUACAAAGAUCCAAUGCUCAGUGCUUAAACAACAACUUGACGACAAAACACGUUCUCUUAGAGAACACGAGCACCGUGUGACUCAGCUCGGGCACCAGCUUGAUGAUCUACAGAGAGGCUUGAGUUUGAGAGAGUGCUCAGAGAGGCAGCUAAGGGAGGAGCUUAGGAGAAUCGAGCGCGAGGUUACAGAGUCUAUUGCAAAGGCUGGGAUAGACAGGAAUGAUUGCGUGCUGAAGAAGUUUCUAGAAGAUGUCUCUCCUGUGAAUUUUGAGAGGAUGAAUAGAUUAGUUGAAGUGAAUGACGUGGAGGUCAAGAAACUGAAAGAUGAAAUUAGGUUGAUGUCAGGUCAUUGGAAGCAUCAGACUAAGGAACUUGAAUCUCAGUUGGAGAAACAGAGAAGAACUGAUCAAGAUUUGAAGAAGAAGAUACUUAAGCUAGAGUUCUGUCUUCAAGAAACUAGAAGCCAGACCAGAAAGCUGCAGAGGAAAGAGGAAAGAAGGGACAUGGAGAUUAAAGAGAUAAGAGAUCUGAUGUCAGGGAAACAACAAGGUAACGAAGAAUCUUGGGGGAAACAGAAGUUCUGGGACAAUUCAGGAUUCAAGAUCGUUGUAUCAAUGUCUAUGUUGAUGUUAGUGGUAGUCUCCAAGAGAUGAGUCUCUUUUUGUAUAAAAGAUGUAGUUGACGAAAAUCUAAGACAAAAGAAGUGUAGGUGUUUGUUUGUAUGUGUAGUCUUUUUUAGAACGACCAUCCUCUACUAUAAUCGUCUUUAACCCGUA